AAUCUCACGUUUUGUACCUUAGGUCAGCGCUGCACCAAAUCUCAACGUGUAUCCUCUCUCCCUACCUUUAGGAUCAUGGAUAGAGGAGGAGAAAUCUCAGAUUCCAUCCCGGAUGAUCUCAUCGUCGAGAUAUUCUCGAGACUGCCUGCAAAGUCAGCUGCGAGGUUUCGUUGCUUGUCGAAGUUAUGGUAUUCCAUGCUUCACCGUUCAUAUUUCACCGAGCUGUUUCUGACCAGGUCACGCACUCGUCCACGUCUCUUAUUUGUCUUCGAACUAUCUGGUAAGUUCAGCGUCUACUCAUCGCCCCAGCUUCAGAAUCCAUAUAAGAAGUCUUCUCUUGUAGCCCCGGUCGAUUUAGAUAUGAUGUCCCUUGACUUUGAUGGCUUCACCUCUGGUUUGAUCUAUUUCUCUAGUAUGUAUUUCUGGGACAAGAGUGGUCUGGAUCUGGAGAGUUCAAGGCCUGUGAUAUAUAACCCUAGUACGAAACACUAUGUUAGCUUACCUAAACAACCGAGAAGUAGACACCGCAGAUACAUGGGAAGCUUUUUAGGGUUUGAUCCGAUUGACAAGCAAUUCAAGGUAUUAUGGAUCAGGACGACUGGUAUAUCUUCUUAUAAAAUUCUGACAUUAGGAACUGGGAAAAUGAGGUGGAGGAAUAUCCAAUCCCCCUUGAACCAUGAGGCUUAUAAACCAUGUCUAUGCAUCAAUGGGGUUUUGUAUUACUUAGCUUCAAGCUCGAGUGAUUCGUCUUUUACUCCUUUGUUAGUUUGCUUUGAUGUUAGGUCUGAGAAAUUCAAGUUUAUUGACGCUGAGUUCUUUGCUUAUAUCCGCACUCAAUUUAUAAACUACAAAGGUAGAUUUGGUGUGACUCAAUGGAAGAAUGAUGGUGAGUUGCGUGUGUGGGUCUUAGAGGAUGUAGAGAAACAGAAAUGGUCCAAAAAUGUAUACACAUUCCCGGCUAUUAAUGAAAUUGUUGGUGUCGCUGGAGCAACAUCUACAGGUGAUAUUGUUUUGUCGAUGAGAUAUCGUACAUCUAAACCAUUUUAUGUUUUCUACUUCAAUCUCGAAAGGAACACUCUCCAGAGUGUUGAAAUCCAAGGUUUUGGAGAAUGCGAUGAUGAGAAUAGUUAUAGCGUUAAUGUCUUCGUGGACUAUGUAGAGGAUCUUAAUCUUAACGAUGCCAAAUACCUCAAUUCGAUCAAAGGUCAAAACCACAAAGAAAACUCUGCAACUACGCUAUCUUUGAAGAACAAGCAGCAGACAACCUUCCUGCUGAACAAGUUACGUACAAACUAUUAGCAAAGUUGUAGUGAGGACAUGUGCUGUGAAUUGUUGUUUGACUAAUCUGAUCUUGGAGGCCAAGUGACAUUCAUGCAUAACAACAAGUGUCUAGCUGUUUUUGGCUGUGAUUUCUUAUUUACAGAUUUGGUGUGAGCUAUUUUGUUUUUUUCUGGUUAUAAUUG